UAGUACGCAAGAUGUCAUUUUAGAUCGAUUUUGUACGGAUGGCUACAAAGAAAUAGGUUAGCUCGUUUCAGACCAGAUGUGUAGUUUGGUUAACGAGAUGAAAACGGGAGUAGAAAACGAUGCUAACGAUCUCUCGUGGGUUAACGUUGCAGAGCGUGUCUAGUAGCACAGAAUUUUAACGGCUCGAAGUUGUAAAAAACAAAACAAAACACGGUUUACAAAGCAGUUAAACCCUACUAAAAAGGCUUGAAGAAUAUUUAUCUAAGAGUUCAGCUUUCUUGAGGAUGGAGGUGGACAGAACAGAGAUAAGCCAAGAAGAGCUCCAGAGCUGGAUCAGAGAGGAGGUGUUCAAGGCCAGACUGACCUCUCCAGGUAUACUUAAUAAAUACAGUCUGCUGCAGUCACUACUUGAAAGGAGGCAGAUACAGGCCACCAGAUUUUUGGAGCUAUGCCAGUCUGUGAUUGUAUUUGAGAACACAGUGAAAGAACUGUACUCUCAGUUGGGAUGGGAGUACACGGACUUGGAUUCUGACAGCGACGACGGUGUGGAAUCCAUGAGCUGCAGACGCACUUUACCAUUUUUGUCUGUCUCUAUGGGGGAUCGCAUCCACAGACCCUCAGCUUCCAGGGUCUCAGUUCCUCAGUCACCAAUAUCAGGCAAUGAAGAAAAUGAGGAGGAAAUUAUUAGUCAAAAAAGCCCUGUUGCCACUUUAAAGCAGGAAGCUGUGAUUCUUUUGACUAAACUUACAAGUUCUCAGAUUGCUGCUGCUAAGCGCCCAGCGUUGCCUGAUUCCGACAACGCUGAAGGCGAAGAUUUAAGCUCUGCUGAUUCAGAUAAUCAGUGGGAACCAGACGAAGAGAUGAGUGAAUCAGACUGUUCUGACUUUGAUUUUAGUUUUGGAUCCAAAAAAAAGAGAAAAUAUAAUAAAAAUGGAGGAAAUCUUGAAAAGCUCAACCGAGCUUCCAAAAAAAGAAGUAAGUCUUCUGCUAAGACCAGCAAGGCAAAGACAUCAGUGUCUACAGCCAGUACAAACUGUGAAGCGGAAAUGUCAAGCUUACCAGCAACUUCAGAUACAGAUCCUGAAAGCAGCCAACAAGAUGCUACAACACUUCCGUCCAACUCUACAAAAACAACAAAGUGUCCUUCCAGCAAAACAAGUAAGACAUUCCAAAUCAGUGCAGCAAGAGAUAAGGUCAAAACAACAAAAACAUCUCAAGCAAAGACGACAAAAAUGACAACUCAGUCCAGCACAACAAACACAACAUCCCAAGCCACCAUAACACGGGCGACAACUCCACUGCCUAAUAAAGUCAGCGCUGAGAGCAACAUGGUAAAAACGUUCACGCCAUCUGCAAACACUAAAGUAGUGACCCCUGCAAGCCAGCAGUCCUCUGAAACUACCAACGCUCCUCCAAAGCUCCCAACAGGAGAAAUCAAAUUGGACAUGAUUGUGCUGGCGAGAAAGAAACCUUUGUGCUGGCAACAGGGGAAGGUCGCGGAAAUAAUAACAAAAGAAGAUGGGAAGGUGAAAUACAAGAUCACAUUUGAGGAAAAGGGGAAAAGCCUUGUGUCUGGUCACCACAUUGCCUUUGACCGGAUGCCAAAGUUGGAGGAGCUCUCUAUAGGUUGUCGUGUGGUGGUCAAGUGUUCGGGUGAUAUAGCUGUGUUCCAGCCUGGCAUAAUGGCCGAGCUCCCUAACCGAAGAAACCGCAUGAGAUUCCUGGUGUAUAUUGACGACCACACGCCCGUAUAUGUUGGCUUACCUACAAUUCAUCUGGUGUACAGACCAUUGGCAGAUCCUUUAGGCGACAUUCUGGAUGACAAUCACAGAGAUUUCAUGAGAGAGUAUCUGAGAGUCUGGCCUUACCCACCUCAGACCCAGUACAAAGUUGGACAGAUUUUAAAGGCUGAAUAUGAAGGUAUCAUGCAGAAGUGUGAGGUCAUCACAGUUGACUGCAGCUUAAUUGAGGUCAUUUUCGAGAAUGAUCGACAUAAGGAGUGGCUCUACCGAGGCUCGUUACGGCUGGAACAUAUGGUCACUAUGAAGUUUUACAUGUGGAAGAAGGAGGUAGAAAACAAAUGUGUCAAACCAUCACCACGAGUCACAGGAUUAAUAAAAUCAAAGCAUUAAGCUGAGAAGGAAAUGGUCCGGAAAGCUGGACACCACAUUCCCUGAUGGUGCUAAAAUUCCUCCGGCAUUAUGAGGCUUUGAUGAUUCCCAAAACGCUUGCAGUAACAGCCCUUCUUGAGCCACGCCCAAGUUUGCUCCUUCAGUCUCUUAAUUUGCAUCACAUGUUUUAGUCAAGUUGUCAAAAGACUGAAAAGUCAUUUUAUUGUCCUUUUCUACCAAUGCUACUGUAGGUUCUGCCUCAUUGAAACGGCUGAGUACUUGUAUUUCUCUUGGAUGUAUCAUUUUCUGUUAACAGAUUUUUUUGCAUACUUGUGUGUAUAUAAUCGGUAUUGUUAAAUAAACACCUCAUUUUCAUCAAA